AUGGACAAGGCAAUUGAUAGGCAAAGGGUUCUGCUGCAGCAUCUCAAUCCUUCUUUCACUGCUUCUUCCGUUGAAGAUAUCGAAUCUUCAAUCUCUGCGUCUAUAUGUUCAGCUGGAGAUAGUGCUGCAUAUCAUAGGGCUUCUGUGUUUGGUGAUGAUGUGGUCAUAGUGGCUGCCUAUCGAACUGCACUCUGCAAGUCAAAGAGAGGGGGCUUCAAGGAUACUUAUCCUGAUGAUUUACUUGCUCCAGUUUUGAGGGCAUUGAUUGAGAAAACAAAUUUGAAUCCAAGUGAAGUUGGAGAUAUUGUUGUGGGCACAGUUUUGGCGCCUGGCUCCCAAAGAGCAAGUGAAUGCAGAAUGGCUGCAUUUUAUGCUGGUUUUCCUGAAACUGUACCUGUAAGAACUGUAAAUAGGCAAUGCUCAUCUGGCCUUCAAGCAGUAGCUGAUGUUGCUUCCGCCAUCAAAGCUGGAUUUUAUGAUAUUGGGAUUGGUGCUGGAUUGGAAUCAAUGACUGCCAAUCCUAUGGCUUGGGAAGGUUCAGUCAAUCCAAAAGUAAAAACUAUGGCACAAGCUCAAGAUUGUUUGCUUCCAAUGGGUAUUACCUCAGAAAAUGUUGCUGGUCGUUUUGGUGUCACAAGGCAGGAGCAAGAUCAGGCUGCUGUUGAGUCACAUAGAAAGGCGGCUGCUGCGACUGCAUCUGGCAAAUUUAAAGAUGAAAUCAUCCCAGUGAAAACUAAGAUUGUUGACCCCAAAACUGGAGAUGAGAAGCCAGUUACAAUAUCUGUUGAUGAUGGAAUUAGACCAAAUGCCUCAAUUGCGGACCUUGGAAAGCUGAAGCCUGUUUUCAAGAAAGAUGGAACAACCACUGCUGGUAAUUCUAGCCAAGUGAGUGAUGGUGCUGGAGCUGUGCUCCUUAUGAAGAGAAGCAUUGCAAUGCAGAAAGGGAUGCCAAUCCUUGGCAUAUUCAGGAGCUUUGCUGCUGUUGGUGUAGAUCCAGCAAUUAUGGGUGUUGGUCCAGCUGUUGCGAUACCUGCUGCAGUUAAAUCUGCUGGUCUCGAACUUGAUGACAUUGAUCUUUUUGAGAUAAAUGAGGCUUUUGCAUCACAAUUUGUUUACUGCCGUAAGAAGCUGGAACUUGAUCCUGAGAAAAUCAAUGUUAAUGGAGGUGCAAUGGCUAUUGGACAUCCUUUGGGUGCAACAGGAGCUCGCUGCGUUGCCACCCUGUUGCACGAGAUGAAGCGUCGUGGAAGAGAUUAUCGAUUCGGUGUGGUGUCAAUGUGUAUAGGCACAGGGAUGGGGGCAGCCGCUGUUUUUGAACGAGGUGACUCCUGUGAUGAGCUCCCAAAUGCUCGACAAAUUGACGCACACAAUUUCCUAUCCAAGGAUGCACGAUAA